UCGCGAGAUCUCGCCGCUAUUUAUAGCGCGGCGGAGGCACUUCCGCCCCUUCGGUCCGAGCAGCCGCAGCCAUGAGCAGCAAAGUGUCCCGGGACACGCUGUACGAGGCGGUGAAGGAGGUGCUGCACGGCAGCCGUGCCAAGAAGCGCAAGUUCGUGGAGACCGUGGAGCUGCAGAUCAGCCUCAAGAACUACGACCCGCAGAAGGACAAGCGCUUCUCCGGUACCGUCAGGCUGAAGUCGACGCCUCGGCCCAAAUUCUCGGUGUGUCUGCUGGGGGACCAGCAGCACUGCGAUGAGGCCAAGGCGGUUGACAUCCCUCACAUGGACAUAGAAGCUCUGAAGAAGCUCAACAAAAACAAGAAGCUGGUGAAGAAGCUUGCUAAGAAGUACGAUGCCUUCCUGGCUUCCGAGUCCCUCAUCAAACAGAUCCCUCGAAUCCUGGGCCCGGGCCUGAACAAAGCUGGGAAAUUCCCUUCUCUGCUCACCCACAACGAGAACCUGGUGGCCAAGGUGGAUGAGGUCAAGUCAACCAUCAAGUUCCAGAUGAAGAAGGUGCUCUGUCUGGCCGUGGCUGUGGGCCAUGUGAAGAUGACAGAGGACGAGCUGGUCUACAACAUCCACCUGGCCAUCAACUUCCUGGUGUCCCUGCUGAAGAAGAACUGGCAGAACGUGCGAGCUCUGUACAUCAAGAGCACCAUGGGGAAACCCCAGCGCCUCUACUGAAGGGGGGCACCAAUAAACUCUGCAGCCACCCUCA